AUGUUCUCUUCUCCACCCAGAGGCAUGGCGCGCGACGAGUGUCUGGUCGUCAUAUCUUCUUCGCCCGAAUUUCCCUCACUUUGCGACCUUGUCCCGACAACUAAACCGACGACACUCCGCAGCGGCAGGAAUGCUGCUACGAUCCCCGGUGAUGCGUCAACAACGUUUACGAGCGCUGCGACGAUGUGGCGGGCAGCCCAACAUCCAGACGCAGAGGAUGUCUCAGGCCCAGAGGUUGGGAUUCCAAUGCCAGCUCUGAAAGAUACUGCGCUCGACAAGUCGAAACCAAAGUUCAAACCCCGAGCGCCUACGAAAACAAGGACAAAGAAAGACUCUCCGCUUCUAGUGGCGGAUGACAGUGUAAUUCUUUUGAAAUCCUCGGGGGUUGAUGUCUCGGUCUCGAAGAAGAGGGCGAAACAACCAAAGUCGGUUCAGGAAACAACACAAACAACAAUUGCUAAAGGCAAGGUGACCAAGCCAGCCACCAAGGAGAAGGUCACUAAAAAGAAAAUGGAGACAGUCAGCAGGCAUUUUGCAAAGGAAUCCUCAACAUCGAAACCUCCAACGACAAACUCAACAGAUGCUGUGGUACCAGUAGAAGAGGACGAACCGGUGAUUCUGGAGCCAGCUCUGCAAAGGAGAUUCGAUUGGACCCCGCCACGCGAAAGCCUACCCCGACAAUUAAUACCUGUGGCUGAUUCACCGAUGGAAAGACCAACAUGGUCAGUGGAAUCGCCAGAAGCCAAUGUCUUCAAGGCUCUUCAUGAUAAGUUCGGUCGGACGUCUGAUGAUGUGCAAUCAGUUGGCCCUGGUUCAGGGACAAGUUCACUGGAUGUGUUGGGCAAGAGAAAGCUCAUCGAGAUGGUGCAGACGGCUGCCGCGAGCAUCUCCAACAUCAAUGCGAAUGGCAAAGCCCUUGCAGAAUCCCCAGUCAAGUCAAAGGCUGUCAAGAAGAAGCCACGCACGAUCACGGAGCUGGCUACUGCAGCCUACAGAAACCAGGAAGAGCCGUCUAAGCAAGAUUCGCUCCUCGGCUACCUCGACACGUCAGAUGCGCAAACUGGGUCAUCAAACACGGCGUUGAGAAGUAAAGGGAAGCUUGGGAAGAAACCUGCAAAGCCAAGACCAUCUAAGAAGAAGCCUGAGCCCAAAAAGCCCAUCUUGUUGUCCCCAGAGAGUGCCUUGAGACAAGUGGCCCAACAGGAUUUCGUGUUUGGAACUUCAAGUCAACUUGCGAUAGAGGAUGACCCCGAUUUGCUGCGUGCGCUUCACGAGGCGAUGAAGUUGUCAAAUGACACGACAGAUGACCCCUUUGCAAUUCCCAGCCCGGUGACAAGCGAUCUUGCGGUUCGCAGGAAACCUGCGCGUCUUCUCUGGGGGGCUAGCGCGCGAGAUGAGGACGGCGCUCUUCUGGACAUGGAGAUAUUGGAUUUGACCGAAUCACCUCCCGCUCAUUCGCAAUCUCGUGCCAAUGACGAGGAAUCGUUGGAUGACUCUGUGCAGAUGACGGAGCAGUCUUUGCCACCACCGCCGACCAAGGCCCCAGAGCCCAUGAGGGAAGCAUCACCACCAACACCGGGGGCGGAUGAACAAAGACAUACUGGCAAUAGUAUAUUUGACACCACCGAUUCAUCUGCAGAGACCGGGUCAGAAGCGCAUGCUCCGCCAAAGUUCCAUAUCGCCAACGCCGUAGUCGAACAAAUUCCCGAGCCGAAUGACGCAGAUUGGGAUGACUAUAUUGACCUUGACCUUCCACCAUCCAACCAAGAGCAUCACGAAUUCUUGUUGACACAGUCGAGCAGCCCACAGCUCGCGCAUUCGCCCAUCACUCCAAAUCUACAACCAGCAUCCCCAUCCAGCAAACCCACCGCCGACCCGUCUAUUCUCUUGCAAUCCGGGCCUAUGGCUCCAUCCAGACCAAAGUAUGAACUCUUCACCGAUGCCCAGCUAGCACGAGAUAUCUUCAAGUUUGGGUUCAAACCUGUAAAGAAACGUUCAGCCAUGAUUGCGCUUCUUGACCAGUGUUGGGCAAGCAGGGUCCAGUCAGCCACAGGAGGCGCGGCUACCAGUGUGCGGACCAUAUCCACCACCACCUCCCAAGCUGCCUCCAAACCGAGCACGGCUGCUGCGGCGAUCAGUCCACGAGGUCGACCAAGGAAGAAUUCGGGCACGGCAGCACCAUCAGCUGAUUACAGUAGUCUGAAGGUCCCGGAGCUGAAGAAGCUGUUACAGGAGCGUAGCCUCAAGCAGUCAGGGAAUAAGCCAGACCUCAUCGCCCGUCUUCAAGAUUAUGAUAUGCAGAGGAAGACAUCUGCCGGUCUCGCAUCUCCACGGGGAAGGCCACGCAAAGAGACGGCAAGCUCCCCGAAAAGAACCAAGCCCCGUGAAAAAUCUCCUGCAAGACGAGCUACCUCUCCAAGGCGUAGUAGAUCACCUGCAACAACGCCACAUCGAAGUAAACCACAAGGCAAGGAUGGAGUGAUUGAGAUACCCGACUCGGAUGCCGACUCUGACCUAGAUGAUCCCAUACUCUCGUCCCCGCCUUCAGCUGCAAGACGUGCUCGACCAGCAGAUGAAGACAUGUUUUCUUCUCCCCGGGUAGAUCUGUCCAUCAAUGAAGAUGCAGAAAUGUCUCUCAUUGCCAGUCCAACCACAGAGCAAGUCUCUGUGUUUGCAUACAUUACAAAAGCUAUCACAUCAGCACCUUCAUCCAAAGACCCCACUGACCCCUCCUGGUAUGAGAAGAUCUUGAUGUAUGAUCCGAUUAUUCUCGAGGAUUUGGCAUUGUGGCUCAAUGAAGGACAGCUGGACAAGGCAGGAUAUGAUGGGGAGGUCUCACCAGCGGAUGUCAAGCAGUGGUGUGAAAGCAAGAGUGUUUGUUGUCUGUGGCGGGUCAGCUUGCGAGGGCUGGAGAGGAAGAGGCUGUGA